AUGAUUGGGCUCAGGUCCAACAUUUAUGUAGGAGUCAGAGACCUGACGUUCACUCCACCGUGCAUCUGGGCAGCAAGGACGAGGCCUCAGUUUCCCCUGUGUGCUCGGUGUGAUGAGCGCUCCCUCUCCAGCAAGGAGAUCCCUGCCAGGUUUCUCCUUUGUGAAAUGCCUUCUCCCUUUCCUGCUGUGCUCCAGCUUUGGAAAGUGGAAGGCUCUGGGAACCUGAUGGCUUUUCACUCCAGUGCUCUGCCUCGUUCUGCCAUUGGCCCAGCCUGUGGGAGGUUUCUAUAUGCUUUUAAAAAUCUAUCUCUAGAAGACAGCAGAGAAGACAAUUCACAAACAGGUGUGAAUAGAGCCAGCAGAGGAGGGCUUAUCUAUGGGAAUUACCUACAGUUGGAAAAAAUUUUGAGUGCACAAGACCUCCAGAGUGAAAUAAGAGGAAAUAAAAUUCACGACGAACAUCUUUUUAUCAUAACUCAUCAAGCUUAUGAACUCUGGUUCAAACAAAUCCUCUGGGAGUUAGAUUCUGUGCGAGAAAUCUUCCUGAAUGGCCAUGUCAGGGAUGAAAGGAACAUGCUCAAGGUGGUGACUCGCAUGCACCGAAUCGUCGUGAUCCUUAAGCUCCUGGUGCAGCAGUUCUCUGUGCUGGAAACCAUGACAGCCUUGGACUUCAAUGACUUCAGAGAGUAUUUAUCUCCUGCAUCAGGCUUCCAGAGUUUACAAUUCCGACUACUGGAAAACAAGAUUGGUGUUCUUCAGAGCUCCAGAGUCCCUUACAACAGAAGGCAUUAUCGUGAUAACUUCAAGGGAGAAGAUGAUAAACUGCUACUGAUAUCCGAGCAGGAGAAAACCCUUCUGCAGCUCGUGGAGGCAUGGCUGGAAAGAACACCUGGUUUAGAGCCUCAUGGAUUUAACUUUUGGGGAAAGUUUGAAAAGAACAUCAUCAAUGGUCUGGAAGAGGAAUUCAUACAAAUUCAGGCUAAAGAAGAAUCUGAAGACAAAGAGGAACAGAUGGCUGAAUUUCAGAAGCAGAAAGAGGUAUUGCUGUCCUUAUUUGACGAGAAACACCAUGACCAUCUUCUUAGUAAAGGUGAAAGACGAUUGUCGUACAGAGCACUGCAGGGAGCACUGAUGAUUUACUUUUACAGGGAAGAACCUCGAUUCCAGGUCCCUUUCCAGUUGCUGACCUCUCUUAUGGACAUGGACACACUCAUGACCAAAUGGAGAUAUAACCAUGUGUGUAUGGUGCACAGGAUGCUGGGCAGCAAAGCCGGUACAGGAGGCUCCUCAGGCUACUACUACUUGCGCUCGACCGUGAGUGACAGGUACAAAGUGUUUGUGGAUUUAUUUAACCUUUCCACAUACCUGGUUCCUCGACACUGGAUACCGAAGAUGAACCCAAUUAUCCACAAAUUCACCUACACAGCUGAGUACUGUGACAGCUCCUACUUCAGCAGUGAAGAAUCAGACUAAACUUUUGAAAAUUCUUUGAACAAUAUUGAUUUUUCCGUCUUUUUUAUUUUCUAAAUUCUCAUAAACAUCUAAAAAUUCUUAAUGUGAUGUAUUUAUAUAUAUAGUUCAGACCUGUGUUAUUUUGAUUCAACUCCGAAAAAAUUGGUGUUGUUAACAUCAGUUGGUGAUCAUAUAAAAUUAAACAUCAAGAUGAGAAGUAAGUUAAUUGUAACAUUGUA